CGUUUCCCGAACAGCGUGACCAUUUCAAACCAAAAUGGCGGCCAAACAAGGAACACUAGAAGAAUUGUCUGAACAUUCUCCCCCGAUAAAGCGCGGAAAAACUAGCGAAGAAAGCCAAAACGAUGCCUCUUUGCCUUGCCAAGAUGCCCAAACAACAAAUAGCACGAAUAUGUCACAGUUCUGCGAGCAAAGAGGGAACUGGGUCGCGUACUAUCACUGGGUGAGUGGGUACUAUUUUUAUACCAACGUGAAAACGCAAGUCACACAAUGGGAAGUUCCUGCAUAUUGGAACAACCUCCCUCCCGUAUACAACCCAUGGAGCCACAGCUACCCCGUGAGCACGCCAAGUGAGCCAACACCUGAUAGUGCAAGUAGCACGGUGGGCGAAAAUAAUCAAACAGACCAGGACGAAGAUGAGGAAACGAACUCGUUCAAAAUCACUGCUGAAGAGAUAGCCAAGAACCUCGAGAAGUACAAGAAGAGGCCGGCAAAGCGGCAGGCAGAUCCGGAUGAGAAGAAGAAAGUCCACUGGAUACCUGAAGGGGCUACUGAGUACAACAUCUGGUAUGAUCGCUGGGUGGGCGAGCACUGGCAUAAAGACACUAUGGGAGCCGAGGAGUCUGAAACUCGGUGUUGCCUAGCAACAGAUGCUGGUUUCACCAAGGCGACUAUCUUAGAGCAGAGCGGGAACAAGCACUACUACUGCAUCUACUUUGCGAAGGGCUGCUGCCACCUGGGUGCAGAAUGCGGCUUCAUUCACUCCAUUCCCACAGAAAAAGAUGUGGGGAGGUUUGGUCUAGCACAAGAUUGCUUUGGACGGGACAGACACCAAAAUCAUAAAGAAAACCUUGGGGGCGUGGGCGCCUUUGACAAGGAAAGCUGUACUUUGUAUGUUGGUGGAUUGACCCUCCACACCAAGCUUGAAGAGUGGCUCUGGGAAGAGUUUGGUGAAUGGGGAGAAAUUGAGGAUAUCCGAAUCAUACCAAAGAAGAACAUUGCAUUUGUGAGAUACAAGAGCCGACUAAAUGCUGAGUUUGCCAAGGUCGCGAUGGCUGAUCAACGUCUUGGAGGCAGGCAUUUGAUGAACGUCCGCUGGGCAAAUGAUGACCCAAACCCCAAGGCCUUUAUUGAGGAUUUAAAAAGAGCCAAGAAUAAGAUGAUGCAGGCGAUAGAUGAACGAGGACUGCUUCAGGAGCUUGCAUCUAAGCCGAAGCCCAUAGAAAGCACAGGCCCAACAGCCCUUUACCCCAAAACAGACUGCCAGUACCCGGACCAACAGCCUGUCGCAUUACCCGAGGACCCCGAGCCAAAUAGUGGAAUUGGGCCCUUGACUAAGGAACAAAUAGAGCAGAUCAAAGCUGUGGAAAAUGCCUACGAAGACUGCACACGUCUAGACGAGGCUCUUAAAAGAAUGGAAGCCCUUCAUGGUUCAACCAUUACUGCCCCAACCAGUGACACUACUACUACUACUUCGGCAGAGAACUCAACUGCAGCAGUAACAUCAACUGAUAGCAGUACUGCUGCCUUCUACUCUGCUAUCGGUACUCUGAACGCUGCAAACGAAUCAAUAGAUACUGACGCUGCACCCAAUUCAACUAGGGUCGAGUCAGGCAAAAUUCACAUAGAAAUUGCUCCCGAGACAGACACUUCUUAUGCAGCGAAUGCUCCUGUCCAGUCUUCCAACGAUACCCAUUCUACCUCUGGAGGAGCAUUCAGUGGUACAUAUGCUACGGAAGGGACUACCUAUGAAUCGUAUACAAAGGACUCAUUGACGGCCGUUGUUACAGGUCCGUAUGUAGGAGUACAAGGCGAAGCUGCGCAUCAAUCUGUGGAGGAUUCAACAGGGGUUCAGCAAUCAGGCCUGGGCAAUCAUAUUGGUGCUCACACAGGAGAUAGUUACCAUCUCACUCAGACCUCUUCUUAUGUUAAUGAACCUUACAUAGCAAGUGGACAAGCGGUUACUAGGGAUCCAUAUAGGUGAAUGUAGUCGUACAGAACAAGGUCAAAUAGGCAAUGAAUUAAUAGAAUAGGGACCCGUAAAGGACAAGUUCUUUACCUUGUGUCUCAAAGUUGGACUUGGGUGAAUAGAGAUGUAGUAAAGGAAAGUUAUCGAACCAGAAAGAUCAGUCAUGUCGCCCUUGUCAUAUCAUUUCUUUAAAAAAGAGGUCUUCUCACGUGCAUUCUGUAAGAUAGCCAUCCUAAAAAAAGCAAAUAUAAUAUUUGUUAAUUGCU